UCAUAUCUGAAAUUCUGAAUAUACAUUAUACAAGCAACAGGUGGUACUUCGCGCGGGUUAUGGCCCACAGGCCACAAGUACGGACCUGGCCCGAAUGAUAAUCUUUAGAGUGGGGUUGCGGGCAUUGGACGAAAGAUUAUGUCGAAGAGGGGAAGAGACAGCGAGAAGGAAGAAUGGCUUCGAUGUCGUUAGUAUCUCUGCCGAGCGCAAGAAUUAGUAGUCGCAGUCCUUCAGCUUCUAUAACUUUUCUUACGGGCUCAAGGAGAAGCACUGCGUCUGUCAGUUUGGCGAACUCUAAUACGCGUACUGGGUUGCUUCAUUGCUCUUUUGUUCCUUCUUCAACUCCCUUUUCUUUCCCUUCUUCUUUCGCAGGGCUGUCAUUGGGGGUUGACUUGAAUUUGAACAAUGUGAUGAGAAGGGAGAAGAGUAGAGGUCUCGUGGUUAGGGCGGGGAAGGCUGCUCUUUGUCAGACCAAGAGGAACAGGUCCCGGAAGUCGCUGGCUAGGACUCAUGGUUUCAGAAGGCGAAUGAGAAUCACUAGCGGGAGAGCUGUUCUGAAACGCAGACGAGCCAAGGGAAGAAAGGUUCUCUGCCCAAAGUCUUACCCUAAUAGUGGGAAGCGGGCCUGACCCAUCAUCCUUUGAAUUGGAUAAAAUUCAGCAGGUUUACAUAGAAAGUUCCUAGUGUGGUGAUUGAUGCAAACUUGGUUCUAUUUUUAAGAUUUUCUCUGAUAGAUGCAACUGUUUUCCCAAAAUGGGAUUUUUUUUUUCUCAAUCAAUUUCACCUUUUAUCUCUUGUUCUUUUAUUCAUGUUUCUCCUUGUUAGUAAUUAUUGCUGGAAGCCUCUUUUUAAGAAUUUUCCCACCAAACCAAGCAAAUCAAGUAAUGCCAGGAUAUUCAAACUUUAGAUAUUAUUAACUUUUUUUCACUA